UCUAACUAAAAGUGCUAAGAAUGAGGGGAUUCAUUACAGACGCUGACGAGGGGCAUUGCUCAUCGCGACCUAAAGCCUGACAACAUCCUGGUGGUGGAUCGACUGUGGGCUGAGGAUCCAGAUGCCGCCAUAGAGGCGCAACUCGCAUAGCUCACGGCGCACCGUGAGCACCAUAAACGGCUGGAGAAUUGUGCCAGAUUGGCAGGUGAAGCUUGCCGACUUUGGACACUCCAAAGUGGUGGAUGACUUCUUUGUGCGCUCAUCAAGUGUGGGUACGCCCCUGUACAUGGCCCCGGAGGCCUUUGAGCUUGAGGACAUUGAUGCGCGGUCAGCAGACUUGUGGAGCCUCGGGGUGCUUCUGUUUGUCAUGCUGGUAGGCAGCUGUCCUUUCGAGGGCAGGGGCCCAGAGCUCCGAGAGGCAAUUCAGCGCGGCGAGUUCUCUUUCUAUGCUGACCCUGUGCCAAGUGAAACUGCGCAGUCACUGGUGCGGUCUUUGGUGAAGCGACAACCCAGCAGGCGUGCGUCGCUGGAUUGGUGCCUAGUGCACCCAUUCAUCGCGCCACCGGCAGAAUUGGGGCGCCGGCUUUUGAACGACGGGCUGGCAACUUCUGAAGACGACUGCCUUGAAGAGUACUACAUCCUGCCAGUAUUGUCAGCACGUCAAAUCAGAAACCUGCGGCACGACCUUUGCAGAUGGAUGUUGAAGUUCCGAUACUCCGCUAUGACCAAGGGUUCUGAGGUGGUGGCCAGCUACGGCCUGUGCUCUUUGGCAGAUGUGGAGCGCAUCAAGCGCGCGCAUCAGGAGCUCUUGGAGGUAAUGUCCUUCCACACGCACGCCAGACGUCCUGCACGUGGAAACGUGCUGGACUUGCUGUCCCAGAAGCCGGAGGUGAGUAAUGGUGCCAUUUCAGGUGGCGAAAAGUGUGCAGGCCGCGCCGAUCCCGAGAGUGCUUGCAAUCAGGGAAACAAGCGGGGCGAAGAGAACGAGGACGAGUCCACAGCCAGAAUGCGGCGCUUGGCAGAGCGGCAGAAGGCCAAUCCAAAGUGGAAUUUCACUGGGCGGUCUGCAGGAGCAAGAACUGUGAAUGACCAGUUUCGUGCCCAGGAGGAAACCCUUGAGCGGAGUCGACGUCAAGCUUUUCAAGGCCGUGCUUCUCGCACACGUCAAGAAGACGUUGAGCGAUAAACGCGUGGCAAGUGCGCCUGCAUCGAUGUCAGCAAGGUGCUCAUGGUGUCCAGCAUCCGCGUACGAGCAGCUAGCGCGAGGAACGGCCUCAAAUUCUUCAAAGCUCGGUAGAACCCGCUCCGCGGCCAUUCAGACCCAGGACGCGGCCACGCAGCGCAGGAAUUAAUGUUUGUCAUUCACGCGG